AUGAAAGAGAAAAAGAGGGUGCAGGAGGUGCCCUUAAGGGGUUACGACCUCUCCGUACUGCAGCGAGAGCUACUGCAGCAAAUGCAGCCCCUAGACGAGCAGCAGCAGCAGCAGCAGCAGCAGCAAGUGGUUGAAUUGCUCGUUGAACAGAAGUUCUGUCCCCACGACUUUUCUGUGCUUUGCCCCUUCGCCUGGAACCCUUCCAGCGACGGCUCCUCCUGCACUGCCCCUGAAGCAUACAUCGUUAGGUGCUUGACAUUCGUUGCAGGGUUUAGGGUUAAGGGUUUGACUAUUCGGCUCCCUGCCCUGAAGGCUGGAACCUCGCUGGCAAACUACUCCGGGCCCUGCGCUGACGGCAUGCCGCCCCUAGACUUCCCCCUGGAGCAGCAGCAGCAGCAGCAGCAGCAGCAGCAGCAAAUGAGAGAAGCUGAAGUGGCUUGUGGGGUGUCUUUCGCCUGCGCCCCCCCAAACUGCCAGCGCGACUUCGCAGCAAACUGUCCGCUGGGGUGGCAGCAGCAAGGCAGUGCAUGCAGCGCUCCAGUGAGCAGCAAAUCCUAA